AUGAAGGAUAAAUUAUUAGAAGAGGGUAAUUAUAAUGUCAUAUAUGUAGGAUGGGAUAGUUCCUUCAAGCUUAUACCAUACUAUCAGCCGGUGGCUAACACAAUUGUCGUUGGUCUGGAAAUCGCUAACAUGAUUAAACAUUUAAAAAACAAGAUGGGCUUAAACCCAGAAGAUGUUCAUUUAAUAGGGCAUAGUCUAGGAGCGCAUGCCGCAGGUUAUGCUGGAAAAUAUACACCAGGUCUGGAUCGCAUCACAGGACUUGACCCAGCCAAACCACUAUUUCAUGAUAGACCUAUUGAACAUAGACUUUAUCAUACUGAUGCCUAUUUCGUAGACGUCAUCCAUACUAAUACGUACUUGUUGGGCAUUGAACAACCUUGCGGACAUCUCGACUUUUAUCCAAACGGCGGUAGUCAGCAACCGAAUUGUAUAUUUAGUUCUUGUAGUCAUAGUAGAGCCUAUGAACUAUUUACAGAAUCUAUCUACUCGCAAUGUGUGUUUAAGGGAUGUGGAAAGAUCAAUGAUAAUACUGUUUGUGCUGUGAUGGGUUUAAAUGCGAAAAAACCUACAUCUAUCAGCAACUACGAUAUACGAUACUAUUUAAAUACAACCGGGACAUCUCCGUAUUGCCCGGAAUAA